ACAUACAUAUGAUCAUUUAAUGAAAUUCAUUAAAUGAAACUAUUCCUUUCGCUGCAAAAUUAGGUACCAGUAAAGCAUAAACACCACUUUACCACUUCUUGAAUUCCAAAUCUGAAAGCUCUGUCAUUAUAUAUGUAUAAACCAAUUUAAACAUAUACAUGUCUCACCGAUAACAACGGAGGUUCAUUAAUGAGGGUUUGAUUAUGAUACUUACGAGUGACAGAUUGUGAAUAUCAAAGAGAAGCUUCUUCCUCCCUUUUUUCUCCCUAUAAAUUUCCGUAGAAAAAUCAUUCAUUCGCAUCUCUUCUCUUCUCAAAAAUCACCACAUUUCUUUACUUCUCUGGGAAACAAUAAUAAAAGAGCUACAUGGAAAUAUCCAAUGCCAUGCUUCUUGUAGCGAUCGUAACAGGGUAUUGGCUAUGGUUCAAGAGGAUCUCACGGUGGCUAAAGGGUCCACGUGUCUGGCCUCUGUUGGGUAGUCUUCCUGGUCUGAUAGAGCAACGUGACAGGAUGCAUGAAUGGAUCACCGAGAACCUUCGUGCGUGCGGCGGCACUUACCAGACUUGUAUCUUUGCCGUGCCUUUCUUGGCUAAGAAGCAAGGUCUCGUGACUGUCACGUGUGACCCUAAGAAUCUCGAACACAUGCUCAAGACCCGGUUCGAUAACUACCCUAAAGGUCCUACAUGGCAAUCCGUCUUCCACGAUCUCCUGGGUCAAGGUAUUUUCAACUCCGACGGUGACACCUGGCUCUUCCAACGCAAAACCGCCGCUCUUGAAUUCACAACAAGGACGUUGCGGCAAGCCAUGGGUAGGUGGGUAAACCGAGGAAUUAAGCUCCGGUUCUGUCCGAUUCUUGCAACGGCUCAAGACAAUGCAGAACCAGUUGAUCUCCAAGACUUAAUACUACGGCUCACAUUCGACAACAUUUGCGGAUUGGCGUUCGGUAAGGACACACGAACCUGCGCACCGGGGCUUCCCGAGAAUGGCUUUGCCUCGGCAUUCGAUCGAGCCACCGAAGCCUCGCUUCAACGGUUUAUCAUACCGAAGUUUAUGUGGAAGCUGAAGAAAUGGCUUGGGCUCGGUUUAGAAGUAAGCUUGAGCCGAAGCUUAGGAGAAAUCGAUGAAUAUCUUGCUGCUGUUAUAAAUACACGUAAGCAAGAACUGAUGAGUCAGCAAGAAAGUGGAACCCACCAGAGACACGACGAUCUCCUCUCGCGUUUCAUGAUGAAGAAAACAGAAUCUUACAGUGACACGUUUCUCCAACACGUGGCGCUUAACUUUAUCCUAGCUGGACGUGACACGUCAUCAGUUGCGCUGAGCUGGUUCUUCUGGCUUAUCACGAUGCAUCCAACCGUCGAGGAUAAAAUCGUCCGCGAGAUCUGCUCCGUCCUGAUCGAGACACGUGGCACUGAUGACGUCGCGUCGUGGACUGAGGAGCCUCUAGGGUUCGACGAAAUCGACCGUUUGGUUUACCUGAAGGCGGCGAUCUCGGAGACGCUCAGGCUUUACCCAUCGGUGCCGGAAGAUUCAAAACACGUCGAGAACGACGACGUUUUACCAGAUGGGACCUUCGUUCCGGCGGGAUCAUCGGUGACGUACUCGAUUUACGCGGCGGGGAGGAUGAAGUCGACUUGGGGAGAAGAUUGUCUGGAAUUCAAUCCGGAGAGAUGGAUUUCUCCGAUCGACGGAAAAUUUAUCAAUCACGAUCAAUAUCGGUUCGUGGCGUUCAAUGCUGGACCAAGGAUCUGCUUGGGGAAAGAUCUGGCGUAUCUUCAGAUGAAAACAAUAGCGGCAGCGGUGCUUCUCCGUCACCGGCUUACGGUGGUUCCGGGACAUAAAGUGGAGCAGAAGAUGUCGUUGACGCUAUUUAUGAAGAACGGACUUCUGGUGAAUCUGUAUAAGAGAGAUCUCCAAGGAAUCAUAAAGAGUCUAGUGGUGAAGAAGAGCGACGGUGUCUCUAACGGUCAAUGUAACGGCGUUAUUGGUGAAGGCGUCGCCGUUUACUUAAAUACGGGAGUUGCAGUGGUUUAACAAGGCCAAUCACGUCCCUGAUUUAUUCAUAUACACUUUUUUUCUUUAAUUCCAAAAGAAAACACUUGAACAAAAAUACAGCUUGUAAUUUUUGUUCAAUAUGAAAUUGUAAGCAAUAUACUCCAGCCGACAAAAAAAAGAAAGAAAAAGCAAUAUACUCCAAUUAGUAAUUUUACCGGGUUCUUUUCUUUUUCUAUUUUUUUGCAAACCUUUUUAUUUUCUUUAUGGGAAAUUAUUGUAAGCAAAUCAUAUACGUUUAUAUAGUCUAAAAUAAAUACAUUUUACUUCGUAC